AUGGCAACUAUAAAUGAGCUGAUCAUAAAAGGACUCGUGUUCUACAGACCCGUGUACAGAAGCUACAGUUACGGACGUUGGAAGAGGAAUGCUGAGGCUAAGGCCGAGCCUGAGGCUGAUCCUUCCCGCUUCGGAUACGGCAAUGGCGGCUAUGGGCACGUGUCCUUCAGGCCCGUGUACAGCAACUACGGUUACGGACGCUGGAAGAGGAGUGCUGAGGCUGAGCCCAGAUUCAGCUUCGGCCGCAGCUUUGGAGGACACAGCCGCUUCGGAAGCUACAGUGGAAGCUUUGGAGGACAUGGUCGUUUCUACGGUUAAAGAAUUCUUUUAGGUCAAGAUGCAUAAUACUGAGCAAUUUUACACAACGAUUCCUUUAAACAUGCCAAAUGUAUUUAUGAAUUUUACUCUAAACAAAUAGUAUAGGCAAAAUCACUGCAGAAAAAAUAAUAAAAAUAGAAUGUUUUUUGGAGUGAACUGACGAAGCCAUUCCUAGAUGCUAACACACACACACAC